GGCUUAUCAUGACGAUCUAUGAGUUCCGUGUCGCACUUUUUUUUCAGCAACGUAAACUGCGAAAGGCGAUCGUCAUGUUCUCUGUUGUUUGCGCUCUGUCGACCAUCCCCUUGAUGACGUGACUGACCAUAUCAUGAUGCGGUCUUGACUUCACUUUCAACACCUGUAUAUUCUUAUUAUCUAUACAACUAGCUCAACUCUCCCUUCUGCACCCGCUGUUAAGCUUCAGUGAUGCGAGUGGAGCUUCACCCUGUGUUCAAUGUACAUAUCAAUUUGGAAAAUCUGUUAAAUGUUGAUCUCUCUACGAGGGGAUACUAUCAGAUCCGGCUAACUCCAAGACCAUCCUCAUCGUUUACGUCUGCUGAUAUCCAAUGCAUCGAUUCACAACGUCCUGGCGAAGCAUUUAUACUUCCUCCUUGCAUCGUUAAUGGAGUUGGCGUCUCGCGCAGUGUAGAAUUGACGUACAUUGAUGAAGAGUUACCACUUGGUGAUUCCUUCCUUGUGUCACUGCGUCUUGAUGCCCAUGCUGACCUUGAGUUGACAUACACUCUUGUUUUGGAUGUCGAAUUAUGGUCUAUGGAUCGCCAUCGACCUCCAAAUUUCACGUUUUUUGAGAUAGACUGUAAACGGACUCUAGAAAUUGUGUUUCAACCUUCUCAACUAGUUGCUGCUUCGCGGCAGCUUUUUUUCGACCAGUGCGCCUUUGCUGCUUUGAAGCUUACCGUUUUCGCAUCCCUUGUUUCGGUCCUACCUCGAAGGAAGCGGCAACCUCCUGAUCCACUGGUUGAUCCAAAAUCGAAGCAUAUCCAUUUGACGACGGGUAACGUACUACUUAAUGCUAUUAGCUCUAUAGAACGAUUUGUUAUCGAGAACAUGAAUAAGUUGAUGUCAUCCAUUCAAAUCGAUCCUUGUGAUGUGGAACGAGAAAUGAGAUCUCUGAGAUGUAGGUUUGAAGCGACUACGAAUCCAUGGGUUGAGCUAGAACAUAUGGCUGUAAGCCUAAGCUCUCGGCUCUCGCUUCUGUUUGGUCAAGUUGUUCGACUGUGCACUGGUUCCGCCGCAAUGUCAUCAAUGUUGCUACAGAACUACUUAAAAUUUCGUGAAAAAAUGUUGGCUGAGGUUUUUUUCUUCGUAGAGAACUCGUCAAACGAUCUUUCUAGAUAUACUAGUACAGAUAAGAUCUUCUUGUUAAUUGCUAAAAGCGCAUACCUCGAAAGAUUACCUCGCUUUCCGCUAUUCUGCCCAGAAGCGGACAGCAGCUAUACUAACUGGUGUCUCGUUGUCGAAGAACGUUAUGCAAUCGACUCAAACUCAGCACAUGUCGCUAAUUUGAGUUCUAACGGACGGAAGCUAGUUACUCCAACUGUUGGAGCCAUGGGUGAUGGCUUUCGCCUAGAUUCUCGCUUUUCCUGGUUACGUCGUAAGAACACCAAGGGUUCCAUAACUCCACGAAAUGUUUGUACGUCGCAACUACAUCCUCAGGAGCACCCAGUUGCUUCGUUAACAGAAGAACAUCUGGACUCAGUUGUUGACUUUGUCAUAGAACGAGAGCGAUUGAAAGCGGCUCUUGCCGAACUAGGACUAUGUGAUGCGUAUCUAUACAGUGAACAAGCACGUUCUCGUCUAUCUGCGGACUUCAAAAGUCCAGUGGUAACAACCACACAUCUCGUUGUGUUUGUUCACGGACUAGAAGGGACUUGCGAAGACUUGUCUUCGUAUCGAAAUAUCUUCCGAGUUAUAGCCGGCGAUAUUCACGGGUUUCACUAUCUUUUGAGUGCAUCUAAUCAUUCCAAGACAUGGUCUGAUAUCGAUGACAUGGCGGGAAAUCUAUUGAGCGAAGUGCAGUGUUAUGUAUCUAAGUACAGUGAAUUACCCUCUCGGAUAAGCUUUGUCGCCCAUUCCUUGGGCGGUGUUAUCGUUCGAGCAGCUGUGUGUCGUGACGAAGCGGAUUGGCUAAGACCACGUCUACAUUGCCUAUUGACUAUCAACAGCCCUCAUCUCGGUCUUGCUUACGUGGGAAAAGGAGUUAAUCUAGGAAUUCAAUUCAUGCAAUGGUGGAAACAAUCUCGUUCGGUAGAGCAGCUUUCUCUCAAAGACGAAGUCGCCUUCUGCGACUCAUUCCUGUUUCGCCUUUCGCAGAAGAAGACUUUUGGUCUCUUCCGAAAGAUCCUGUUGAUAGGAACUCCUGCUGAUCUAUUCGUUCCAUGUCAUUCCGCUCUGGUGGCUCCAUGUAAGUCUGCAAUGAAGGAUCUCUCCGCGAUGGGUUCUGCUUAUCGGGAAAUGAUGUCAAACGUGCACGACGAUAUCGUAACGAGCGAUCGAACAACAGUUGCAAUCCGAUACUCAACAUGGCAUUCCAUAUCUUCGCCGAAGGCGAGCAGGUUUACUGGUCGAGCGGCGCAUAUUGCCGCCGUGGAAGACGACAUCUUCAUAGAGAAGCUUUUUGCAAUAUCAGCUUUGAAACAUUUCAUUGAAUAAAGUCGUUACUGCAG